AUGACCAAGCGAUACAUAUGUCAAUUCUGUGCUCGUUCGUUUUCCAGGUCGGAGCACAAGCUUCGACACGAGCGAUCCCACACCAAAGAAAAGCCGUUCCAAUGCUCAAUCUGCAAAAACGGGUUUGUGAGGCGGGACCUGCUACAGCGGCACCUUCGGACGGUUCACGGCUUGGUGCUUAAACACAGUAUUGACGGGAACAUUUCCACCAACGAUGAUUUGCUGAAGUCGCCGUCUGCUGCAAAUGGAGGGUCCGCUGAGAUAGUUCCCUCAAAUCUACAAUUCUCAGCCUUGCCCACGUCGCCAAGUGACUUAGAUCAGGUAGAAGACAAUGCUGCCAUCCUAGCAGAGAAGACCGUUGUAUCGCUGCUCACCCUGUCUAACCGGUUUAGGCACCUCAAUAUGGAGCUCAAAAACUCAAUAACCAACUAUAUCAUAGUAUUUGGUAGCAGCAAAAAAUGGCAGGAAGAUCUUCCGUCAACCAACAUCAACAAGCUAUUAGCCAUCAACGAAUUAGACGAGAUGCUCUACUUGGUGGUCUGCCUAGGGGCAUGCCAAAUAAACGAGUUUGAGGAUGCCAUCACAAUGUUCAACAAAAGUUGGGAGAUCAUCAUCGACAAGAUCACCAACUCCAAAAUAAACUAUAACUCGGGCGAGAUAUUCAACCGAUUUGUUGAUAACUUAAUCAUUCUUGGUUACAUCUACCUCAAUUACUUUAUCAACUUCUCCAACAGCUCGAAGUAUAGCUACGAGCAGCUAUACAAGAAAAUUGCAAUUCCAAUUGACGUACUAUUCGAAUAUCUCAAUAAUAUCAUCAGCACGCACAUGGCCAAUAGAGACGGCCAACCGCAGGCAAAUCCUGGUCCAGGCAAACAUCCCAGUGACAAUGCAUACCACGGUUCUAGACGUGGGCUAGAGCCAUUCUAUUGGAAUGCAUAUUUGCUCCUCUCGCAUUAUUCGUUUAUUUUCAACAAGUCUCCAUCCUCGCUCCAUCUAUACCUUCUCAACAAAUAUCUUCCAGAAGAGCAGUUAACAGAUCAGUCAGGUAGUGACGAAACUCUUGGUCAGCUAAUUACUAAUUUAUCGGUAAUUUCAGGCUCGUUCCAGAAUUUUGUGAACCAUGACGACCUAACAUUGAAGGAGAAAGCAAUUAUAUGCGGGUUGAUGAAUGAGCUGCAGAUGGUCAAAUUUAACGAGACCAACAAGCUGAGCAAAAAUGUCAUAUUACAACAAGGACUAUUCAAAGACAACAAGAACUUUCUUCACAACGCUAUCAUACUAGCAAAUAAAAAUUUCAAUGUCUCUGGUAAGCUUGCUUCCAACUGUGAUGACGAAUUUAUUCGGCUUCUUUCCAUAGUGAAAAGAAAGCUACUGAUAAAUUGCCCAUUGAAAUUCACCGAUUUACUUUCAAAUUAUCUUAUUAUACCCAAGAGUGAUUACAACUGGACUCUUCUGGCUCUAACCUUGAAAGAAUUCAUAUUCGAGACGGAGUCACUGAUCAAUGAUAAGAAUUUCCUCAACAAUGACAAGCCCAUCAUCGAAUUUGAUCUGUCAAAAAUGAUAAACCUACUAGGUGUUGAAGCUAGCGGCUCUAACACAGUCACCGAGUUGACUGAUGACGAAAUAUACAAAAACAUUCACAAUUUCAUAUCCACACCAUUCAACUACAACUUCUUGAUAAACAACAACUUGGGGAUCACCUUGCUACCGUGUCUUCUUUUAGCAUUAAUCCUUAACGAGAACAGCCUGAUGUAUCAUCGGAAAUCUUUAAAUCUACCUGUGAACAAUCUUAUCAUGGUGGAAUUUAUUAUCGGGAAUUUUUUGAUGCUCACCAGGAUCUUGAAUUUCUACCGAAAAAGAUAUCUCAUUGAUCUGUCAAAUCCUCUCGAGAAAAAUUGGACCUCACGAAACACAAGCAAUCCUCCGGAUACGUCUACCAAUCCUAACGCAUCUGAAGAUGAAGAGCAAGGAGAUGAGGAGGAAGACGAAAGCAUUAUUUUGUCCGUCAUAUUUUACGUGAUCAACGAACUGGGCAGGAAAUACAGUUACACCCCACCUGUUGCAGGCCAACGGCGCCGAGCCAAUAGCAUAUCCAUUGGUGAGUUCAGCAACAACAACAAGAAAUUGCAAAAGAUGAUGAGCUCCAAAGAAAACAAACAUGGUUCUGAGAAACUAGAAGAUACCUUAAAAGCGCAAAUUACCGACGACAUCAAGUUCCAAAAUAUCAUGAAAAACGUUCAGUCAAGUUUUCUCUGCUGGUUGAAACUUUACAGGUCUGACUUCACUCAAUUGGAUCAGUUCAUCAACGUGCUCGGCAAGGUGCUAGAAAAUGACAUUUACUUAAGACUUCACAAUCAGAAGGCUGGUGGCAGCCCUCAUAACUUGGACGUAUUCAACCUGAUUUCAAGUCAUCCGCAACCAAACCCAGAAGCCCAUUACUUUGGCUCGCAUGUAACUCCCUUUGGACAAAGAGCCCCACCGUCAACUUCCAACGAUACCGGUUAUUAUCAACAAUAUUCAGACCUCUAUGGUCAGCAAAAGCUUCCAUCAUUUGUCGGUCAGCAUUUACAAGGAUCAUUGUCGCCUUCGGGCACAAGUCCAAUAUUGAUGAACAAAGACGACGAUCGGAUUUUACUGCCCCCAAUCAAUCAGAACAAGAGGCAGCUACCAAAUCCUUUUCGUGCUACGACCGCUUCAAAACCAGGAUCGGCAGGAACCGAGGGUCUGAGCGAGCUCAUCCAAGCGGCCUCGACGGUCGUUGAGCAAGACAAGAAGUGA